CAGUCGUUACUCACCAACUGGCAUUGCGGUGACGUUAAUACGGAUCGGCUCUCAUCGAAAAUCGAAGUAAAUCUCGGCCGAAUCCUUCAUCAGUAGAUAAAUAUGGUGAUAUUCGGGCGUUCGUUAAGGCGUUCGACUGCCUGGCGGUCAAGUUAAAUGCGUUCGAAUAGGCCGUCGCUCAGCUGUCAUUUUAAAAUUGCAAAUUCAGUUACGACUUGUCCACCGACGUGUGCUAAUCGACGGCUCCGGCGCAAUUGAAUCCAAAAACCACUGGCCACUGGAACUGCGGAAAUGUUUAUGCAAGCCACUAUCAUCGGAUGCCUGUUCAUGCUGGUGCCAUUGGGCUUCGCUUUUGAGGAGCACCCGCACUUCUGCAUCCAAACGGACCCGCUGCUCCUCUCGGAAAUCGAUCGCCAUGUGGUCAAUCCCAGCGAGAGGGAUCUGCAGUGCCACAUUAGGGCCACCACGCUGACCCAGAAAGAGAAGGCAGUCCUCGUGGACACCUUGUGUGCGGACCAUGGCUCCACUACGGUCAAGCGGGACAACCAUCACUUCCUCCGGCUGCGCAAUGGCGAGCUGAGCGGACGGGGUUCCCAGAAGGAGGUGUGCGCCAACGGGGGUGAUUCGGUGCUGGCCUGGGUGCCCUACCACACGGUGAUCCAGAACUAUGCGGCCGAGCUGAAUCCCAAGGAGCGGUUGACCUACAUUGCCAAGGCCACGAACGUGGAGCGCGAGAAGACGGAGCUGUGCCACUUUCCCCACACGGAUUUGGUCAAUGCCGUGACCGACAACCUCUUCACCUGCGUGGUGAUGAUCUUUGGCGACAACUUUUACGGUGUGGAGGACAACAUCAAUGUGCUGGUGCAGCUGGAGCCGCUGAUGUACCAGCUGAGGAACAUCACCUACCUGCCGUGGCGCAAUGUGUCCAACAGCUACAAAAUGCACCUGGGCGACGGUGUGCUCCGCAACCCCAGUGGCGAACGGAAGCCCAUCUACGGCAGCCUCAACUACGAGUUUGUGGAGAAGAUCCACGUGAACAUGAGCAGUGUCUACCAGGACAAGAAGCUGGGCAGGUUGCCUCUGCUCUUAGAGCACCGCGGUUCCGUCCUGGAAUUGGACUCCUAUGGAGUUGGUGGCCUGGAUGUGGCGGAGAAGGCCUAUUUCGGACGCAGCAUGGAUCCCAGGAGCGAGGUGAAGGUCCAGGUGAUUGGACAGUGGGUGGACCAGCAGCGGGAGUUUGGAGCCGAUAUAUACGAGUACUACGGGCACGGGUUGAGGCGGUAUAGACAAGCUUUGGCCGGAGCCCGGCUCACUUUAGUCCGGAUUGACAACACGGAGCCGGUUUUCAUGGCCCCGGAGUCGCAGAACCUGGCCAAGGCCACGCUGUUCCGCGAUCAGAAGUCUGGCAAACUGAAGGAGCAUUCUUCGGGCAACUUCACCGAGUGGGAAAACGCCCAGGAGGAGGAUUCCGAUGAGGAUGAGCCCGGUUUCUACGGCUGGUUUGUGGUGACCUCUCUGCUUUUGGCCCUCGCCGUCGUCGUGGGAAUAUACCUGGUAGUACGCACCCACAGCAGGAGGAACAAGCAGCGGCAGAUGUACGACCUGGCCAACACGAAUGUGGCUCCGCCAGCCUAAGCAAACUAUGCAUUAUCCUUAAGUUUUGUAAAUCCGAAAAAAAGCUGAGAUCAACAGGUGUUUGUACUCCGAAAUGUCAGUUUGAUUAAACGGGUUGGCAGCCCCACUGCCAAAUCCUUA